AUGGCCCAAUUUGGAAAAAUGGUGAUGUUGUGGCCAAAAAUAGAUGUGGUAUCUCCACCGCCAUUCUUUUCACCGGGGACUCUACAAUAUAAGGAGGAUGUUAAUCUAGUAACACAAAUAAUUGCAGGAAAUAUCACAAAUACAAAGCUAAUAAAAAAUGAUCCACUUUUGUCAGGGAUUAUUGAUGUAAUAUUUUUACAGAGUAAUAUCGUUAGUGAAUUAAAGAUGGGAAAUGUUUUUGAUGAUGUAAAUCAAGGCUUAUCUAUUGAUGAUCUUCCAGGUGGAUUAGAGGAGUUCAACAGAGAAUACAUGAAUAAGAAUGAACGCUAUAACAUACCUGAAAAAUAUUUUGAAUCGGAAUUUUUUGAUUUGUUUAUUGCAUGCAGGAAUUUUGUAUCUCAUUUCAUAGGAAUAAAAAAAAUAAGAAUGUACUCUAGAAAUGAAGAAAUACUAGAAUCCACAUGGUCUCAUGAUGGAAUAAAUCCAAUCACUCGGCUAAUAUUUUAUGAUAUUUAUGAUUUGACUUAUCAAUGGCAAGUCUUUAAAUAUUGUUAUUCUCUAUUUAUUUUAUAUGAUCUCUUAUUGUUAUUCAUAAAUUUUCAUAGGGACAAUAACAUGAGUGAGGCUACAAGAGAAAGAAACGAUGAUACAAAUGGCCCAUGGAAAAAGCCUGACCUACAUGGUUACAUAUUUGGAAAAUUUUUAAAUUGGGAAAUAUGUUAUGGUGAAAUCAGUAAUGGUCCAAGAAAAAGAAACACAAGCUGUACUGAUCAUAUAAAAAAUGAUCACAAUAAAUUACUAAAGUUUGCUAAAGAUGGUUGGGAUAAGAUGAUAAAUUCAUUCAAGAAUAAACCCACUGAUAUUAAUUUUUUCUACUCUUUAGGAACCAUCGUUGAAAUUUUCAUUGUGGAUAGGAAAUAUUAUCCCUUACAUAGAGCUCGUAGACUAUGUUGUAUAUAUAUACCAUUGGAUGAUAACAAUGAAUCAUUUACAGAGACAAUUAUUUCACUAAUCCGCAUCGUAUAUUCAGUAAAUCAAAGAUUGAAAAAAUCACUAAAUAUCAUAAAUGAGAUAGAACAAACAUCAUUUCAGGAAUUACACAACAUUGAAAAGAAUGAUUUAGUUACAAUUCUUACUUAUGAUAGUGAUUGA